AUGAAUUUGCUCGAGAAGGUCGGCGAUUUCAUUGCAAAAAGAGGUGAAGACCUACAUCAGCAGAUUUCUGGCAAGCGCAUCUUCUCCGCGCACAUCACCAAUGCCACGAAGAAGGUCUUGGAAGUGCAGGGUAAGCCGAUGGUGAGCUAUGGAAGGUGCAGCCACUUCUCCAAGCUUCCUCCAGGCGAGGCAGGCACCAUCAAGUUCGAACACGACGGCGAGCAUGGUGGUGCCUUCGAGUUCACUUUAGGAAGGGAUCGCUUCUUCCUCGGGCAGUACAUGCGUGCUAGCUACUCCUCUCUUUUCGGCCAAGACCAAUUUGUUCUGGAGUUUGGUGACAAGACCCUGAAGCAGUUCUAUCUGGGGAUGCCCCAGCACUUCAUGGGAUUGCCGAACCGCGGCAUCUCGCGGACGGAGGGUUUGGAAAACACCGCCAUCGUAAGGAAGGCCACGUGCUCCACCAACUCCCAGGUGGAAGUGCUCCUGGCGCCAGCACUCAGCCUCCACAUCUUCGAGGAGCUGGACGAGCUGGAUGGUUUGCAGCAGCUUGCAGUGGCGGAGACAUGCGAAUUUGCGAAGCCGGAGCUCUUGAGCGGUGCCUUGUUCAUUGAGGAGUUUCAUUGCCUGCGAGACGGGCUCGCGCACAGCUCGCUGCAUGAACAAGCUUUGGCACUGGAUCUUCUCAUCGGGGCUAUGAUCGCCAAUGGAUUGUGUGGCUCCGCCAGCCAAAGGGCCUCGCAUCUUUGGCAAGAAAGCCGAUCCCGAUUUCCCCCACAGAGCGGCAAGAUGUCACCUUAUCGCUUUUAUGCCAGCCUCUCCAACGAAGUACUGGAGUCCCAUGCUGAUGUGUGCCACAACCUUUUGCGCAGCAGUGCCUUGAGAUGCGCUGAGCCAGUUGUCGCUUUUUGCAAGUCGCAACGACGGUGGCCUCCGCCAGCAAACGUUGGGCUAAAGACUGCGGAGGGUGCCUCUCAUGCAAAGAUCGGUUUCGACACGAACGAUGCCAUCUUAUGUAACCAUUUGCAAAGUACCGCUGACACGAAACUGCGGGGAAGCGUCUGCAGCGGACAGACCUCUGAAUCGGCUGACAAGUUCCUUCAAGAGCUUGUCCGCUCGUGUGUUGACGCCUCAUGCCGGGCAUCUAUGACAAGGAGUCGUCUCUUCGGACGGCUCCUCGAGACUUGCAGUCCGGAAGCAGCCGGCCCUCUCAGAGAGUAUUUGAGCGUGCAUCCGCUCUCCAGAAGAUGUUGCUCCCUGAAACAGUCCGGGAAAUCAGCGGCAACUCAUUUCGAGGUGUUUUGCGCAGAGCUUUUCGACAACCUUGAUCCGCACACUCGUGCGCAGACCGUGGUAGCAUCGCUCGGCAGCAGCUCUGGAGACUACAGGAGCCUGUCUACGAACUCGAAAUCUGGUGAGUUUUUCUUCCUUUCCCAAGACAAGAAGUACUUGGUCAAGACUAUUUCAGAAGAUGAAGGCCUUCUCCUUUUCCGGAUGCUGCCAGGAUACCAGGAUCACAUCCAUUCCACCCCAACCUCACUGAUCGUUCGCUUUGCCGGCCUAUACUGUGUGACAGUCGCAGGUGGCGGGCUACGUUAUUUCAUCAUUAUGAAGUCUGUCUUUGAUCCAGCCGUAGAGAUUCACUCCCACUACGACCUAAAAGGCUCUCUGCACCACCGGAGGAAGAAGAAAGACGAAUCCACAGGCAAAGACGAGGACUGGAUUCAAGACAAGAUGCAGCUCAGCCCAUCAGAACACAAAAGGCGGGAGAUGUUAGAGGCUCAUGAAGCUGAUGUCCAGUUCCUUCAGGAACAUGGCGUCAUGGAUUAUUCCGUCUUGGUCGGGAUCCACAAUGUUGAACAGGGGCAGGGUGGUCGUUUAGCGAGUUCGCCAACGAGCGCAGGGACGCCUUCUGUUUGUGGGACCAAAAUCUAUUUCCUUGGGCUCAUCGAUUUUCUGAUCAACUUUGGGCUGCGCAAGCAAGCCGAACAUCUACUGCGGGCCGCCCAGGGGCAUGGGCAGUCAACGUCCUGUGUCCAUCCCUCAGAUUAUGCUGCGCGGCAGGCGAGAUUUCUGCGGAGUAGUGUUUUCGCAAAGCCGGACGUGGACAAGGGAACAGCCGGCUGCUUGAGGGUCCUGGUCGUAGCGGCCCGGAAGCUUCGAAAUGCCGAUCUCAUGAGCAAGUCGGACCCAUAUGUCUCGGUCCAUCUGGGUCUACAGAAAGCUGACACACCAACCAUACAAGAUGAUCUGAACCCAACCUGGAAUUGCUCCUUGACGUUGCCAGUGAACACCAGCCAUCUGUCGCAUGAGAUUCUUUUCAAGGUCUGGGAUGAGGAUCACAUACGUGCGGCGCAGGGCAGCGACGACAGUUUGGGUUUGCUCCGGUGCCCCUUCCAUCGCUUGUUGAGGGAAGGCGGCGAAGUUGAUGUGAAGCAGAAGCUGGAGGAGACCACAAGUGGCGAGCUGCACGUGCAGAUCCGCUUCGAGCCACACCGAUCGAGCAGCGGCUACCCAUGGAGCAGCCCAUCGGGCACCGUUGUGUGGGAGUUCGCAGUGAGCCAUGGUUUCCAGAGCUUUGAUGAGCCGUGUCAGCGAACCGUGGAGACCAUGUACCAAGGAUUUCUACGAGGAGGGGCCAGGAAUGUCUCUGUCACAUCCGGCGGAGUUGAAGUCUUCCUCGAUUUCGCAGAGAUGAAACAAGACCCUUUGCAAAAGCAAAGGUGGCUCAGCCUCAUCAGAAGUUCACUAGCGGAUUUCUGCGAUGAGUUUAGUCCAGUCAAUGAGCCAUUGGACACAAGAACCUGUGCACCCACAGUGGCCAGCCGCGACAUUUGCAGUAAUGUGAUGUUGGAGCGAUGGUUGCUUCAAAGUUGUCUCGGCAUCCUCACCGUGGCCAGACUGGAUGUUUGCUCAGUCCCAGCCGAUGCGAGCGCCAGAGGCAUCCGCCAGUGCCUCAAAAAGACAGAGACUGUGCGCAACUACCAGUUACCAGUCCUCACGAGUAAAGAGGUGGACCAACUGGACCUUCUGUCUUGGCAAUCCCCGCGAUUGCUACCGGCAACCCCUGCCCGCAAGAAGCUGGCAAGUAAGCUCUUGCCUGCAACGAAGGCGAUGUUGCAGACAACCGAGACUGAGUUGCGGAAGCACCUGGCGGGGGUGGAGCGAACAGACGGAAGGAAAUUCUCUGGGACGGCUGUGCAGGGCUGGAACAGCUCUCACCCGGGGACCGAGAGCUUCAGAGCCGGCUACACACAGAUCCUCUCGGGUCUCGAGCUGUUUCUACCUGCCGCAGCUGAAGUAGCAGCCAUCAUUGCCAACCAAACUGGGCUAUCUUCUGUGUCCGUCAGCUCAUACGCCCAUCCCACUCAGGGAGAGCCAAUAUGCGUGCAUGCAGAUGCUCAUGACACUUUCGUCUUGCAGAUCCAGGGAUGCCGCGUUUGGAAACACUGGCACGGGCCAUCCCUCAAGGAGAGCCAUUUGGUGAAUCAUCCAGGAGAGCUGGGGCUUGGAAACUCCAGCUCCCGCUGCCUCAAGGACAGCUUGGGCUUUGCUUCCAGAAGCCUGGAGCUCCACACGGGAUCCUUGCUGCGCUUGCCCCGGGGCAUCGCCCACCAAACCAGCAGUUGUGGUCAGGGCCCUUCCAGCCACUGGGCUAUCAUGGCUGCUCGCAUCAGCGCAGCUAGCGUGUUAAUGGAUGUGGCGGCUUCUAGCCAAAAGCUUGACGUCCACGGCCAGCUACUAUCAGUGCUAGGAAAGGACACUGACCUCAGUAAGAGGCUAUGGCAGGGUCUGCAGCUCACAAGCUAUGACGGAAUAGACUUGAUGAAGCACGUGGAGAUCCUGGCAGAUGGGCUUCUCGCCCUUCUGGACGAAGCCAUACCAGGCCCUUGGCCCGCGCUGGACCGACGGUCUGUGUCUACCCGCUUGAAGGAAGUCUUGCAGCACGGUCCUCCAGGCAGUGCGCUGGCUCCGCCGGGUGAUUGCCGGACGGGUCCUCUCGGCCGCUUUCUUGUCAAGACUAGACGGAUUGAGCUCUGA